CUAAGAUGAGACUGAAGCAAGGAUCGUUUCUGUGGUACCUGUAUCUGGACAAAAUAUACUGCUUAUUAUCCGUGAGAAACGUGAAGGCUUUGGCCGAAUAUUUUCAUAUUCUGGAUGUGCACCGCAAGAACACCUUGAAUGAUGUGCUGUUCUAUCACUUCCUUCAUCAUGUGACUGACUUGAAAAAGGCACAGAUCAGCGUUGUGUUUGACAUGCUGGACUGGAACGCCGUGGGCGAGAUUGGCUUUGAGGAGUUCUACAUGCUGGUGUGCAUGCUGCUGGCCCGCCAGAACCAUUUGGAAGGACAGUUUAUGUAUCGUCAUUCCCGGCCUGUCUUUGACCUGCUUGACCUGAAAGGGGAUCUGAGAAUUGGUGCCAAAAACUUCGAAAUGUACAGAUUUCUCUUCAAUAUUAAAAAACAGGAACUCAAAGAUCUCUUCCAUGACUUUGACAUUACAGGUGACAAUCGUCUUAAUUAUCAGGAAUUUAAGCUGUAUACAAUCAUCUACAUUGACAAAUUACAGAAGAGGCAGAAAACAGAGGAAAAAGAAAAAGGAGAGAGAAAGAGAAGUCUCUACUCAAGAAAAUGUCACAUCAAGUAG